AUGGAAUUCUUGUCUGCAGAGUGGGAUGGGGUCUAUCAGGCUCAGCUCCUGAUUAUUAUUGGAUUUGAGGGUUCAGCUUAUGCAUUUAAAAAAAUAUCAUAUCUGAGUGCGACGCACCGGUUGCACAGCAAAUCUCUGAGUAAUCAAGAAAACUUGAGACUGUUUGGGAAAUGCAACAAUCCAAAUGGCCAUGGUCACAAUUACAAAGUUGAGGUAACAGUACAUGGAGAGAUUGAUCCUGUCACAGGGAUGGUUAUGAAUCUGACUGACCUCAAAAAGCAUAUGGAGGAGGCAAUUAUGAAGCCUCUUGAUCAUAAGAAUCUGGACCUCGAUGUGCCGUACUUUACAGACACCGUAAGCACGACUGAAAAUGUAGCUGUAUAUAUCUGGGAAAACCUCCAGAAAUUACUUCCUGUGGGAGUUCUUUAUAAAGUAAAAGUCUAUGAAACUGACAAUAAUAGUGUGGUCUAUAAGGGACAGUAGCUCUUAGGGCUUAAUACUGUGGAGAGAUUUAAUUUCUUCCCAUAUUUGAAAAGGCCUUUAUCCCCUUGGACAAUUUAGAAGCUGUCACAUAAUGGUUGUACCUCCACAGUGUGUUCUGGAGCACCUGAGCUACUGAAAUCAUUGUGAGUAAGAUCUGUUUUAAAUUCAAAUCUGUUUCAGAAUCAAAUUUUGUAAUGUAUCCUGUGUAUUAUUUAGAGAGUCUUUUAUCUGUAGAUUAAAUAUCACUUCAUUUUCAAUAAAAUGUUUUAGUGUGUAAAAAAAAAAAAA